AUGGACGAGGUCACACAAGCCGUUGAAAACCUGAAAAGUGAAUGGAGCCAAGCAGUUGCACAGCUUGAGGUGUGCAUUGCUGCAAUUGAAUCCUGUGGGAAGAUGGGGAAAGGGACAGAAGAAGCAAUGUCUCUUCCUAGGUUGAACGGUUCUGCACAGGAUGCACUGCAAUUGCUGAAUGCACUGCAAUGCAGGCUUGAUCUUCUGGCAGAGCAGCUACCCACUUUUGAAGAAGUUCAGUCUGGACAGGCAACCUUAGGGUCAUGGAAGGAACAGUAUCAGAGGCUGCGUGCGGCCCUGAGGAGUGCUAACUUACAAGCAAAAGUGAACAUUGGAAAAGCUGCUCAAGAAGAGAGGGAGCUUCUUCUGGGAGGUGGAGAAGAGUCCACUGUUCGGAGGCGUAAUCUCCAGACAAAGGCUGGGAUGACAUCCGCUGCAGAAAGUAUUACUGAGAGCCUCCGUAGGUCUCGGCAGUUGAUGGUUCAGGAAGUGGAAAGAAGUGCUAAUACCUUGUCAACUUUUGAUGAAUCGACAAGUGUUCUCCGAAAGGCUGAAGGUGAGUAUCAAGGGCACCGCUCUUUGCUGAUGCGCACCCGUGGACAAGUUUCUGCUUUUGUAACAACAAUACUGCCUGGACCAUGCCAGUUUCUAACUAUUAUCUGUUCCAGGAUCAUCCUAACCAUUGGGUUCCUCGUGUUCUCCUUGGCGGUUCUGUACGUUGUCUCAAGACGUAUUGGCCUGUUGACACUGCAAAGGAAGCUGGCUGAUGCUAUCAGAUCAGGCUCAGUAUCAGCUGGAGACAUCUUGGCUAAAGUACAGGAGGGACCUGCCCCAACAGAUGGUCCUCCCAUCUAUGAUGAACUGUGA